AUGACCUCAUUCAACCCGGGCUGCAGUAGGAAGGACCCCGCGUGUCUCCGCAACUGGCAACAACAACACUUCUAUCUGGUCACCAGCAUGUCUCGUCGUGGUGUUGGGCUCGGUGCCUUUGCCAAUAGAACCCAGGCAACUCAAUCCUAUGCCACCCAUGGCGCCAACCUUCGUUCCACCCAUCUGUCCUCCCUCCAAACCCAGCUCUCGGUCUUCCAAUCGUUGCUCCAUACCUUUGCCCUAGAGCAUAGUUCCACAAUCAAGUCCAACCCAACGUUUCGCGCUGAAUUCGCGCGCAUGUGUAAUACGAUAGGCGUGGAUCCACUAGCCGCCAGCAAUGUUAAGGGCAAGAACAGUCGCCGAGGGUUAGGAGAAGGAGGCAGCUUCUGGACCCAGAUCAUGGGCGGGGAUAUGAAUGACUUCUAUUUCGAAGUUGCCGUGCGAGUUGUGGAACUCUGCCGGGAAACAAGAGCCGAGAAUGGCGGACUCAUUGGUGUGGAAGAAUGCCGGAACCGGGUAGGUAAGGGGAAAGCAAUUGGAAGUGGGCUGGAGGUUUCAGAAGAUGAUAUCCUUCGGGCUGUUCGCUCCCUUGAACCUUUAGCGUCGGGCUUCUCUAUCGUCCGCGUCGGAUCUAAACAAUAUAUUCGAUCGAUUCCGAAGGAGUUGAAUACCGAUCAGGCCACGGUACUUGAAGCUAUUCAGGUCCUGGGCUAUGUCAGCGUUUCAAUGCUGCGACUUAAUCUCAAGUGGGAAAAGGCUCGCGCACAAACCGUGAUCGACGAUCUUGUUGCGGACGGUCUCGUUUGGGUGGAUGCUCAGGGACCGGAGAAAGAGUACUGGUCGCCGCAGAACCUCUUGGAUGACAGUGGAUGA